CUAAGUUUCUCGAAGGCUGGAAUACAACAGUUCAUGUUGGAAUUGUUGUAGAGUAACUGUUUAGUACCCAUCCGAUGAUCCCGUCUGUUUUUAAGACACUGAUCAAAUAUAUUACACCAAGUGCCACACAGGGAAUGGCAACGUCACUGGAAUACACGUAGAUCGAAAACACUGGUUAUGGGAUGAAUUCUUCUAUUGUAAGACUCAAAGAUGAACGCAUCAUGCCGACUGUUUGCAACACAUGUGCCCACGGUAGCUAUCCAAGAAAAACAUUGCCACGUAUGCACCUUGAGACAUUCACACUCAGAAUGUACGAUUACAUUUGUAUGUAGCCUCUGCUGAUUCCCAUAAUGUCAUGCACUACCCGGAACGGGCAUUUCCAAAACGGGCGCCCAGCCAUGGGCCUAUGUUCUACGCUCAGCGCGAAAACAAGCUCGUCAUCAAAUGUCGAGCUUGCCGUAAAGUAGUGUUUGUUUGCUGGCGACUGACUAGAGAAGAAAAGAAGAAGAAUCGCGAGGAAAAAUUGGAGUUUUGUAGUUGGAACGUCGGAAGCUUGGACCACCUUCCACUAGCCCCCACAUAGAUUAGCGUCAAGGGCAACUUCCAAUCUGGCCGCAUGGGCUUGCCUACUUGGCUACCGUCCACACCGAGUCCGCCAUCUUUCUCUUUGGGGCACGUUGCAACUAGACGUCUGUCGCUGCCUACAUACAGUUCGAACCAGAGUGCUGUACACCUGCUAUUCCGUUCAUAUCUGCCAUCGACAGCCGCAGGAUCCACCCAUCCACCCUCCUUACCGCCCCUCUACGCCUGCCCCGCGAAUACCAAUUGGGUGCGGCUCGGUAUCCCACCUUGACCUAUACCUUGUUAUUAUACACGCUUGAUAUCCUGCCAUCAUGGCCGACUACGAAGCGAUGAAAGACCAAUGGAGCGAUAUUGAGGAGACCGAGGGUGUUCGCCUUAGCUGGAACACAUUCCCCAGCUCGCGCAUGGAAGCUUCGCGACUUGUUGUGCCUAUCGGAGCCCUCUACACACCUUUGAAAGAGAAGCCAGAGAGCCCUCUAUUGCAGUAUGAGCCCGUCACCUGCAAACCGCCAUGCCGCGCAGUGCUCAACCCAUUCUGUCAGGUCGAUAUGCGUGCUAGGCUCUGGAUAUGUCCAUUCUGUCUUCAGCGCAAUCCCCUUCCUGCUCACUACAAAGAUAUCUCGGCGGAACAAAUUCCCCCAGAGCUCCACCCCGGCAAUACCACCAUCGAAUACCGACUUGCCCGCCCUGCGCCAUCUCCUCCCAUCUUCUUGUUUGUCGUCGAUACUUGCCAAGAGGAGGACAGUUUGAAGGCGCUCAAGGACUCCAUCAUCAUGAGUCUGAGCUUGCUCCCACAGUAUGCUCUGGUCGGUCUGAUCACCUACGGCACUAUGGCCCAAGUUCACGAGCUCGGCUACACCGAAUGCGCCAAAUCGUACGUCUUCCGUGGAAACAAGGAUUACACCUCGAAGCAGGUCCAGGAGAUGCUUGGAUUGGGACAAAUUGCUCCACGACCGAAUGCUCAACCACAACCCGGACGUCCCCCUAUGCCCAUCGGAGGUCCCGGUGCCCGUUUCCUCCUCCCGGUUUCGCAGUGUGAGUUCCAACUUACGAACGCACUUGAGCAACUGCAGAAGGACCCCUGGCCGGUUGCCAACGACAAGCGUGCACUGAGAUGUACUGGCGUUGCGCUGAGCGUCGCGGCUGGCCUAUUGGAAACUUCAUUUGUAAACAUGGGUGGUCGCAUCAUGCUCUUCAGCGGUGGCCCAGCCACUGAAGGUCCCGGUAUGGUUGUCGGUCCUGAACUGAGGGAACCAAUCCGAUCGCACCACGACAUUGAUCGCGACAACAUCAAAUACUACAAGAAGGCUCUGAAGUUCUACGACAACCUUGCCAAGCGUGUUGCACACAAUGGUCAUAUCGUGGACAUCUUUGCAGGUUGCUUGGAUCAGGUCGGUCUUCUCGAGAUGAAGAGUUUAUCGAACUCCACUGGUGGACACAUGAUCCUCACGGAUAGUUUCACAUCUUCCAUGUACAAGCAGUCAUUCGCUCGUGUCUUCAACAAAGAUGCCGAGGAUAAUCUGCUCAUGGGUUUCAAUGCCAACCUCGAGGUUCUUACAACAAAGGAGCUCAAGGUUACUGGCCUUAUCGGACAUGCCAUUUCCGUCAACAAGAAAUCAGCCUCUGUUGGUGAGACUGAAUGUGGCAUUGGCAAUACUUGCGCCUGGAAAAUGUGCGGUAUUGAUCCCGAAGCCAGUUACGGUAUCUACUUCGAAAUUGCCAGCCAGGGCGGGCCAAACCAAAUGCAGGCUGGUCCACAGAAAGGAAUGAUGCAGUUCCUGACAUACUACCAGCAUUCGGCUGGCCAGUUCCACCUUCGAGUGACCACUGUUGCCCGUAAUCUGAGCGGACCUUCGGGUGACCCAGCUAUUGCCCAGUCGUUUGAUCAAGAAGCUGCCGCUGUUCUCAUGUCAAGAAUAGCAGUGUUCAAAGCUGAAGUUGACGACGGUCCCGAUGUUCUGCGAUGGGUUGAUCGGAUGCUUAUCAGGCUCUGUGCCAGAUUCGCAGAAUACCGCAAAGAUGACCCCUCGUCUUUCCGUCUCGAAAAGAACUUCACAUUGUAUCCCCAGUUUAUGUUCCACCUUCGGAGAUCCCAAUUUUUGCAGGUUUUCAACAACUCGCCUGAUGAGACUGCUUUCUACCGACACGUUUUGAACCACGAGGACGUGAGCAAUUCCCUUGUCAUGAUCCAGCCCACCCUCGAUAGCUAUGGAUUCGAUCACCAAGGUGGCCAACCUGUGCUUCUCGACUCUGCUUCCAUUCAGUCUGAGACCGUUCUCCUCCUCGACACAUUCUUCCACAUUCUCAUCUUUCAUGGUGAGACCAUGGCCGAGUGGCGUAAAGCGGGUUAUCACGACCAGGAAGGCUAUGAGAACCUGAGAGAACUGCUCGAGGCACCCAAGGAAGAUGCUAAAGAACUGAUCCAAGAUCGAUUCCCUCUACCUCGAUUCAUCGUUUGCGAUGCUGGUGGCUCGCAAGCCCGUUUCUUGCUCUCGAAAUUGAACCCUUCCACUACACACACAACAGGCUCGUAUGGAGGUGUGGCCCAGACUGCUCAGACCAUUUUCACGGAUGAUGUCAGUUUGCAGACCUUUAUGGAUCAUUUGAUGAAGCUUGCUGUGUCGGGAACGAGUUAG